GACGAAUAUGAAAACAUAUUUAAAUGGGUCGUUGCUGUGUCAGAUAAAUCAGCUAGUUCUUCAGAAUUUAGAUUAUUAGCAAUAUCAUGUAUCAGUAUUAAAGAUUAUGUGGAAAAUUCUAGUGAAAUACAUCCGAUGCAAAUUCAUAAUAAUGGAUUUACUUUC